AUGGCUGUGGAAAAGGCCGAACAUGAGUUCGGUGGCCCCCUCGGAGCCGCUGGCAUUGUCUUCGGUCUGCCAAUCUUCAUGAACGUCCUCUUUCUAGCCUGCAACGAUAUUAGCGGAUGUCCUGCCCCGGCCUUGCUGAGGCCCCGCUCGCUUACCUGGGGCAGCCUCAAGCCGCAGAUCCCCUGGCCAGAAGACGGGAUCCGGGGCUUUGCGAGCUGGUCAGCUACAGGAUGGGUGCUGGCUUACUAUCUGGUCAGCCUGGUGCUGUUUCGCGUGCUGCCAGCGAAGGAAGUGCUGGGGACUAAGCUAAGGGAAUCGGGGAAGCAGCUGCGAUACAGGUUUAAUGCCUUCCUGUCCAGUGUCGCUCAGCUUGUGCUCUGUGUUUUCGGCACGUAUAUUCACGGUGCCGACUUUUUCCUCUGGACAUGGAUUGUGGAAAACUAUUUGCAGCUGCUUACCGCCAACCUCAUCCUCGCUCUGUUUAUCUCCGUUGCUGUCUACGCCCGUAGCUUCUCCGUGAAGCCCGGUAACCCGCAACUGCGCGAACUGGCGCGCGGGGGCCAGACCGGUAAUUUUAUCUACGACUUCUUCAUCGGGCGAGAGCUUAACCCCCGCGUACAUGUCCCCCUGAUCGGCGAAGUCGACCUUAAGACGUGGCUGGGGAUGCGGCCGGGGCUGACGGGGUGGGUGCUGCUGAACGGCGCCUUUGCAGCCAAGCAAUACCGUGUGUACGGGUUCUUAUCGGACAGUAUGGUGUUCCUGAUGGCGGUGCAGGCAACCUAUGUCUUGGAGGGGCAGUAUGCAGAGCAGGGGAUCGUGGGGAUGAUGGAUUUUAAGACAGACGGGCUGGGGUUUAUGCUAACUUUUGGGGAUAUUGUGUGGGUGCCGUUCCUUUACUCAACGCAGUGCCGGUAUCUGGCGACUUAUCCGGUCCACAUGGGACCGUAUGGCCUCACCGCCAUGGGCAUCAUCUUCGCCGUCGGGCUGUACAUCUUCCGGGCCAGCAACGCGCAGAAGAUACUGUUCCGCGAGAACCCCCACGACCUGGCUUUCAAGAACAUGUCGUAUAUCAAGACAAGACGUGGGCCGCGACUUCUCACAGGUGGCUGGUGGGGCCAGGCUCGCCACAUUAACUACCUGGGCGACUGGCUACAAUCUCUGCCGUUCUGUCUACCCACGGGCAUAGCCGGCUACGUGAUCCUCCCGGCCGGGUCUGCCAUAGGAGUUAGAGCGGUAACGAUGCUGGACGGCAGGCAGGUGGUUCCAGGGGAUGCAGCGGGCUGGGGUUUACUGGUGACGUACUUUUACUCGGCAUGGUUUGGCUUACUGCUGAUACACCGGGAGAGGAGGGAUGAUAGGGUAUGUGCAGAGAAGUAUGGAGACGACUGGGUAGAGUAUAAGAAGACAGUGAGGUGGAGGAUCUUGCCAGGGAUGUACUAG